AUGUGCACAUUAAGUCGACUGGCUAAGCCGAGGUUUUCGGUGAGCUACGGCAAUAUAGCGAACUACGACUUUAUGAUGUGGAUGCCAACAAAAUCUAAUCGCAGGUCAUCAGUACUCGUCUACUUGCGUAGAAUCUCUUGCCGACGGCCAUCCGUAACUAAUCGAAAUUCCAACAUCAGUGUGGUGUCGUCAAAUAUUGGACUUCUGCCGUCAUACCAGACUGCCACCUCCACUCCAACCACUACAUCCAUGUUGUCGUCGUUUCCACCGCCGCCUUAUGCCGAAACUCAGAGAUUGACCGACGAGACUGUCUAA